AUGACCUUCUUAGAUGACGAUAACCCUCCUGUAGAUGACGAUAACCCUCCUGUACAUGACGAUAACCCUCCUGUAGAUGACGAUAACCCUCCUGUAGAUGACGAUAACCCUCCUGUAGAUGACGAUAACCCUCCUGUAGAUGACGAUAACCCUCCUGUAGAUGACGAUAACCCUCCUGUAGAUGACGAUAAACCUUCUGUAGAUGACGAUAAACCUUCUGUAGAUGACGAUAACCCUCCUGUAGAUGACGAUAACCCUCCUGUAGAUGACGAUAACCCUCCUGUAGAUGACGAUAACCCUCCUGUAGAUGACGAUAACCCUCCUGUAGAUGACGAUAACCCUCCUGUAGAUGACGAUAACCCUCCUGUAGAUAGACGACGAUAA